AUGCUUGGAGCGCGGGUGCCCCGCGGCGGCUCCUCCCACGCGGCGCCCGGCCCCCGCAUCCCCCGGGCAGAGUCCGCGGGCCCCUUGGGCCCGACCCGACCCGGCCCCCGGCCCCGGCCGCGAGGUGGCAAAGCGGGCAGGGCCCGGCCGGCCAAGCCGCGGGCACGGGGUCCCGCUGUCACUUGGAGGCGGUCUGACAACUUCGAUCCCCCCGCCCCACCCCGCCUCAGGGCCGGCCCGCUCCGCACAGUCCCCGCCGGGCCUCCCGCGGCCCAGCCCGCGCCCCAAACCCGCUCCCUUCCGUCCUCGGCACCUCCCUUCCUCACGCACGCCCCGGUCGCGCCCGCACCUCCCGUCCGCGCGGCCCCCGCCCCCACCCGGCCGCGCCGGGCAGCCCCUGAGCGGGAGGACGCCCCCAGCCCCGCCCCCGCCCCCCGCCCCGGGGACCGCGAUGGGGGAGGGGGCUGCGGGGGGCCGGCCGCCGGUGCUCGGGGAGGCCCGCCGGCUCCUCCCGCCCUCUGCGCCCGGCCGAGCCGCCCCCUGCGGCCGCCGCCGCCGCCCCCCGGCCUGGACGCGAGCGGCCCCCGGGGCUGUCACCUCGAGGCGCGCCGCGCUGCCCGCUGGCGGGACCGAGGCGCCGGGCGGCCGCACCUGCUCCGCGCCGUCCGUCUCUCACCGGGACGGCGGCGAGGACGGCACGGCUCCGGGCGCCCGCAGGCCCUGGCCAGGCUGGAAUCCGGCGGCUGGAACCCCCCGGGGGCGCUCAAUUCCCGGGCUCCACGCUGCUGCGUCAGCGCCUCCUCCUGGGGGCUGGGGCCGGGCGGGCGGAGCGGGGGCCUCGGCCGGGCGGGGCCGUCGGGGAGGCGGGCGCGCCGACCGGGGCGGGCGGCCGGCUGGGGCCGGACGGGCGGGGCGGGCGGCCGGACGGGCAGGCAGCGGGGGCCGGGCUCCGGGAUCCGCUACGCCGCUCGCGGUUCCCCCACAAACUCCCCGAGAGCGGAGCCUCCGCCGCCCUCCUUCCUGCUUCCUCGUCCCCAGCCAAUCAGCGGAGCGCCCCUCGGCUGGCUCCGCCAAUCAGCCGCCCCGCCCAGCGCUGGCCCCGCCAGCCAAUCCGGCCCUCGGCUCCCCCUCCUGGUCUCUAACCAAUCAGAGCGGCGGGUCGGUCGUCCCAACGCAGGGGGCAGCACGAGGCGGCCGGGGGAGGCGUGCGGGGAGUGGCGGGCCUGGGGGAGGGGUGCGGUGCCCAGAGUGGCGGCCGGGGCUGCUCGCCUUGGCCCGCUUCUGGCCUUUUCCCUUCGGCCCCCGAGCCUGGGCGCGUAUACCAUGGUGACCCGACCCUUCAGCCCCAGUCGCUCAACCGCCCCCCUCAUCUGUGUCGCCCCCGCCAUCUCUGUCCCCCCUUCUCUCCAGCACCCACUAGAAAAACUGCGAGCGGGAAGGCGAGCACCCACCUUCGCCGGCAGCUUCUGCCCCCUAGGGCAGAGCUCCGGGAAGGACAGUGACAAAUCCAGCGGGGACAGCCCCCCAUUCCUGAAGAAAGGCCCCAGACUCCAACCAAGGGGCCCCGGUUGCAGGGAAGCCCCUCCCGUCCCGGCCUCGCCUUGCCGACUUCCCCGCCUGCCACGUCUCCUCCCGGGCAAGGUCGCAGAAUGUGGAGCCCUCAUCCGUUUCCAGCUGACAGCAGAGUCCUUGACACCUACACACCCUCUUCCACCACCUCUGGGACAUCAGAGCUCUGGGGGAGGGGGUGGGGACGGGGGCCGCCUGACAGCCCGAGCUCAACUCGGCGUCCCCACGCCAGUACGGGACCAGGUGUGGACACUUACCUGGCUUCCCCCUAGUCGCCAGGCUCACACCCACAGACGUCGCUCUCCCAGUCGGGGCGAGCUGGCCAGAUCUGAUUCAGGAGACCCUGACAGAAUUAGUUGUGCAGGGGACACCGUCAAAAGAAGAUGUGUCCCACUGGCAAUGGAAUCUUGAGAAUGGAAGCUAAAUGCUAAGGGGCCUUGUGCCGGGCAGGCUGGAGACCCCAGAGGAAGGGCGAGCCGCCUAGAGAUGGGAAGCAGUGAGGGAGCUGCGGAGGAAAACAACCCGGCCGACACCGCGCUGCUAACCCCUCCCCCACGACGUCCAGCCAGACAGACAGACGACUGCUGCCCCACCCCCGCAGUCCCUGCAGACCUCGGCCGGGGGUAGGGGGGUGGGGUGUGUGUCUGGGCACCCCAGCCCGGCUGCACGUCCCCCUUCCUCCACCCCCGCCUGGGGUGUUGUGUGUCCUAGUCGCGGACGCCGCUCCUGAACUCAUUGGAAGACCUGAGCACCUGGCGUCCCGCCCACACACGCACACAUAGGACUACACUCCUGGGGGCUGGACGCAGGGGCACCGAGUCAACGUGGCUGCUGCAGUGACCCCUGCCCCCAGGCUGGGGUUGGGGAAGACCGGGACUGAAUAAAGAAACUGGACUUUUAUAGUC